AUGUCACUAACCGGCUUCAACAACAAUACCUCGGUUACCAUGGGGAUAAUAGAUCUUGAUGUCUAUUCUUCACUAGUGAGCAGCUCGCAAACCUUCAUGGUCAUCGACGAAGUCUCCUCCUAUAAUGGCAUCCUAGGCAUACCAUGGAUUGGCAAGAUCAACCCCAUCACUUCUGCCACACUUAAAAAAAUUCGCUACCAAUCCCCGUAG